UGAAAAAGCAGGAAAAACCUGGUUUAAAUUCCUGUAUAUACAGUGGGAACGAUGAGAAUAAAUGCUUUAACUGCUAGUUAUAAGAAUUUGGAUAAGAAAUAACUUCUCGGCGAUUUGCCUAUUCAAUUGAAACAUAUGAACAAAAGCAUAGGCAUAACAAUUAAGUAAACUUAUAUUAUUUAUAAUAAACGAAAACCUAGUGAAUCCUGUUUAAGUAUUAUGUCGUCGAAACCACAAUCGACAAGAUCCGGAAGACAGGGAAAACCAUCGUUUUUUCGAAAGUUUUUUGGAAAUUUAUGCUCUUGUAUUCAAGGCGCACCCACUGAAGAUCAAAAUGAAAAAGCUACUAUAGUUUCCGAAUCUAGAAGGCCAUCGCAGUCACCUACUCCGAAUACACCUCGCCGGUUAAGCCGUACAAUUCAGAGUUCAGAUUCGGAUACGCAUACGCAUGCAACUGGUCACGCUCCUGUGCAUGUGUUUGAGUCGCCCACUCCUGCACGCACUUCUGUAUCUUUAGAAUCCGCAUUUACUCCCACUAACGGCAGUGAAAGAGAUGUUAAUGAAGACGCAGACUUAGAAAGCAAUCAUGUUCAUUUCCAUGAGCAACCCACUGAAGUCAAUCCGCCUCCUGAGAUUCCUUUGCCUGAAGUUAAGAGAUAUGGUCCUGAACAAUAUCUUCUACCUCCAAUUGCUAAGGAAGACGAGGGCAAAAAAUGUCUUAUUUUAGAUUUGGAUGAGACCCUUGUCCAUUCCUCAUUUAAGUACCUCGAGCCAGCUGAUUAUGUCGUCUCCAUAGAGAUCGAUGGGUUAUUUCAUGAUGUUAGGGUUGUGAAAAGACCCGGAGUCGAUUUAUUUUUACAAAAAAUGGGGGAAUUAUUUGAGAUUGUUGUCUUUACUGCAUCCCUUGCUAAAUACGCGGAUCCUGUCUUAAACAUGUUAGAUAAUUCUCAAGUUGUUCGACAUAGACUUUUCCGAGAGGCUUGUUGUAACUAUGAAGGAAAUUUUGUCAAAGAUCUUUCACAAUUGGGUAGGAACUUGGAGGAUGCGAUUAUUCUUGACAACUCUCCGUCAAGCUAUAUUUUUCAUCCCUCCAAUGCAGUCCCUAUUUCUUCCUGGUUUAAUGAUAUGCAUGACAUGGAGUUAUUGGAUCUAAUCCCGUUUUUAGAACAAUUAUCUAGGGUUCCGGAUGUCUCUACUGUGUUGAACUUGCAAUUAUAAUAAUUCUUAUGUAAAAUUGUGCAAGCUUUUAUUACCUUUCUUUUUGCCAUCCUUAAUAUGAUGUUACGGUUCUCCUAUGGACAUUGAUCCAGCUGUUUCGGUGAAAUCUAACUUACAACAUCUCAGCUUUUUAAUCCCUUCUCCUACCAUACCCAUGCUGGUAAACUAUAUCUAUUCCAUAAUCUUUUUUUCUACGAGAUUUGCGGUCAAUACUCGAUUUGGUUGCCUUCCACAUUACAAAUUAACAUUACUCGAUGAUGAAAACUCACUCUGAUUAUUAAUCUUUUUUCACGUUCGCAAAGAUGAAGCAUGAGCUAGCGACUGAUCCCAAACCUAAUUCCUAAUAGUUUUUGUUCAUUUAAUUCAUGUACUUUAAUAGCAUGGAACUCGGGAAGUAGCAUAGGUUACGAAAAAUGAUCUUUUUAUUCCGUCUUUUA